CCCUCAGCGCCGCCGCCAUCUUGGGGGCGGAGAGACCGCCCGGCCGCGUCCGCCGAGUCCGCGUCCUCCUCCUCCUCCUCCUCCUCCUCCUCCUCCUCCGCCUCCACAGCCGCUCCGCCGGGCCGGGCAGGGCAGAGCCGGCCAAGGAGGUGAUGAUGGUGUUGGGGAGACUCGUGAGGAAGCCGCCGUCGCCGCCGGGCAGCUGCAGAGGGUUCUGGGGAUGGCUGAACGCCGUGUUCAACAAGGUGGACUAUGAGCGGAUCCAAGCCGUGGGCCCCGACCGGGCGGCCUCGGAGUGGCUCCUGCGCUGCGGGGCCUUGGUGCGGUUCCAGGGCUCCCCAAAGUGGCAGCAGGACUACAACGGGCUCCCCACGGGGCCCCUGGGCAAGUACAAGAUAGAAGCAAUUAAUGCCACCGACUCCUGCAUCAUGUACAGAGGAUUUGACUAUCUGGAUGGUCUGGAGCACGUCACGGAUAUCAGGCUGGAGAAGUGCAUGUACAUACAGGACGAGUGUCUGCAGAGGCUCAGCGAGACAAACAACCUGCAGAAGAGUCUCCUCCAGCUGAAGAUCAUCUCCUGUGGCAAUGUCACAGACAAAGGCAUCCUUGCCCUUCACAGGCUGACGAACCUUGAGUAUUUGUAUCUGAGUGACCUUCCUGGAAUCAGAGAGAAAGAAACCACCUUUCACGCCCUUCAGCAGGCGCUGCCAAAGCUGGAGCUGGAGCUGGACUUGGAAUAAACACGACAGCACAUGACUGAGAUGUGACUUCCUAGUAUUUAUCAUAUAUUGCAUAAAUUAACUUUAGAUGCUGCUGUAUUUCCAGGUGUGAAAAUAAGCCCAGCUCUCCCAGUGCAGCCUCAAAAAGCUGCAUGUGACCUUUUCAGAAAUUAUGCACUGAAGUUUUGUUAAGCUUAAACUAAGUGGUGGACAGCAACAGAGAAGGCAGGCUUCUGUACAGAGUCACGUUUCCUGUGUUCAUAGGGAGCUGUUAAUACCUCAGUGAGAAGUGUUCAGCUAUUUUAUUGCACAGAAAUAAAGUGGCAGUGACAGUGGGGAGCGAAGCCGCAGCGCUGGGCGCGGUCGGUGUUGGUGCUGUGGGAACAAGGGCUGUUCACUCUCAGAGAAUCCCGCCCAGUCGGUGGGAGCUGAUUUAAUAAAACAGGUCAUGGGCCUUUUUUGUGUU